AUGCACGGGGCAACGCUGUGGGUAUGCGGGAAGCGCUUCGACGUGAGCGAGCAAACGAUGCGGCAUGGCGCGAAGCUCGGCUUCGCUCCCUUCAAGCAUGUCCUCUCUCUGAUGCCUCCCUCCCACUCCUCUCCUGCUGUGCCCGCCUGGCAAGCAGAGAAGGGGAUGGAGAUUCUUCUAGAUGAAGACCCAACGCCAUGGCCGGUGUGGCUGGAGUUCUUCAGGGCUGGGAAGAUCCCAUACUUGGAGGAGAACCUGAGGAAUCUGAUCAUGGAGGCAUCGAGGCAGCGAGAACUGGACGUGGUGGUGGAUCUGCUCAGCAAACAGCCUGACGUGCAACGUGGAGAGUUGAUGAUGAUUCUCGCUCAGUCUUCUAGCCCUCCUAACUUGUGCGGGUGGAACAUGCAGGGUCUGGACCUCAAGAACCUCUGCUUCGACGGAGCUCGUCUCGAUCGCGCGACCCUCCGCAUGGCGACGCUGCGAGGAAGCUCCUUCGUCUCAAGUUCCUGCGCCCAAACCAACUUCAGUCGCUGUGACCUGAGCGACGCGAACUUGUCCAUGUCCACCCUGAGCAGAGCAGACCUGUCGGAAGCGAAGCUAUGCAGGGCAGACCUGACGCACGCGAACCUCACGGAGAGCAACCUGUCGUCCUGCGACCUCUCUGACACCAUUCUCAGUGGAGCAAACCUGGGAGGAGCGGAUCUGAGCGGAGCGAAGCUCUUCAACUGCGACCUGAGCAGGACCAGCCUGAUGGACGUGAACCUGUCGAAGGCGAUGCUACAGCAGGCGAGACUGCAGGGAGCCCAGCUGCAGGGCUGUAACCUCUCCUAUAACGACCUGUCGGACGCCAACCUGGAAGGGGCCAAGUUGGAGGGGGCGGACCUGAGCUACUCGAACCUGAGCCAGUGCAACCUGAGCCAGGCGAGCUGCUCGCGGAUCAUGCUGCAGUUCUCUGUGAUGACCCGGGCGAGACUCAACGACGGAGACUUCGGGAGUGCCAACUUGUCAGAAUGUGACCUGACGCACUCUCAGCUGUCUUCCAGCUGCUUCGAGGGGGCGGAUUUCAGAGACUCGGUGUUGGACGACUGCGACCUCUGUGGCGCGAACUUCAACUACUGCAACAUGUUUGCCUGCAAGAUCAACAGAGCUCAAGUCAGUGACGCGCAGUUUGUCAACGCGAACCUGAGCAACGUCAAGUUGAAUGCGGCCCGCGUUCUGCGGUCGAACUUCUCGGAGAGCAACCUGACAGCGUGUGACUUCUCUGGAGCAGUGAUGAACGACUCCAACUUCGAACGAGCAAACCUCACAAAGGCAAGGUUUGUCGGGUGCGAGAUGAGGAACGCUAGCUUCCAGCAUGCGACUUUCGCCUCCGCUACCUUCUCGGACGUGAAGAUGGAAGGAGUCGACCUCACAGGCUGCGACUUGUCCAGCUGCGAUCUCUCCAAGUUGAUCUUGUCCGGCUCCAAGCUCGAGAAGUCGAACCUGCACAAGAGCAAGUUGUCAAAGGUCGACCUGAGCAACUGCAACCUGACCCUGACGGACAUGUCGUCGUCGGAUCUCCAGAAGGCAGAUCUGAGCAGAUCACUGUUCUACCGCGCGAACCUGUCCAGCGCGAACUUGAAGAGCAGCAACAUGAACGGCGCAGAUCUCUCUCACUGCAACCUCUCCUCGGCGUGUCUUGAGAGAGCAUCCCUGUACGGCUCCAAGUUGGAAGGAGCGAACCUGGAGGGGGCGGACUUCAGCCAUUGUGACCUUUCCUUCGCCAUGCUGCAGAAUUGUAACCUCCGAGGAGCGAACUUCACGGGAGCAAAGCUGACGGGCACAGACUUCUCGGGCUCAGACCUGGAGGGCGCGAUCAUGCCCGACAUGGAAGGCUACGACCUGCAGGGGGUUUGCCUGUCAGGCACUAGCGGCUUCUUCAAGGACAAGAGCGCAAGGAGGGCCAACUUGUGCGAUGCUGAUCUGAGGGGUCAGGAGCUCAGCGGGGUCAACCUGCAGCAGGCAGAUCUCUCGUUCGCUGACCUCACCGGGGCGAACCUGCAAGGGGCGGACCUGACUGGGACGAAGCUCAACGGGACCAACUUGUCGCAGAGCAGGCUUGCAGGAGCUUGCUUCUCCUGUUGGGCGGAGAGGGACGUGUCGGGGAUCAAACUAGCAGGAGCCGAAGGGCUGAGGCUGUCGGGAGUGGACAUGAACAACUCGUCCUGGACGGGAGCAGACUUGAGGGGGGUGAAUAUGGCAGGGAGUAACUUGAACGAGUGCAACUUCUCGGAAGUGAGCUUCAACGGGGCUGACCUGACUGGCUGCAGCAUCUACAACACGAACCUGACCAACUGCGACCUCAAAGGCGUGAACCUGAGCAGGGCGAACUUGCAGUAUUCUGAUCUUAGCCACUCGGCGAUGGACGGAGCCACGUUGCCGGAGUGGAGCUCAGGCUCGUUCGAGGGAGUCGUUUUGACAGGUGCGACGGGAAUCAACUUCGUCGGGGCUGACCUUCGCAAGGCGGACUUCUCGCAAGCAGUGCUCAAGGGCCACGACUUGUCGGCUGCAGACUUGAGCCAGGCGAAUCUCCGCAAUGCUGAUUUCACUGAGUGCAACCUGACGGGGUGUAACUUGACUCAGUCGAACCUGUCAGGCUGCAACUUUGACGGAGCCAUUCUCUCCGGUGCCAUCAUCAAGCAGGUCGACCUGUCGACUACCAGACUUAACGGAGCGAUCCUCCCCGAGCUCAUCGAGAUUGACGUGCACGGGAUCAAGCUCCUGGAUGCCAGCGGUCGCAGCCUCAAGGGCAAGGACCUCAGGAACUCCAAGUUGUCGGAAGCCGACCUGUCGCACCAGGACUUCGCCGGCGCUGACUUCUCCGGGUCAAAGUUGUCAAGAGCGAAUCUCCGUCAGUCAAAGCUCGACGGCUGUGACCUCUCCAACUGCGACCUGUCGAGGAGCAUCCUGGAAGGCGCGAGCUUGCAAGGGGCGGUGAUCCGAGGCACGGACUUCUCCAACGCGAAGCUGGAGGGAGCGGCGCUGCCGGCGUGGGUGGAGGUGGACUUUGAGUGCUGCAAGUUUGCGGGGGCCACGGGCCUCAACUUCAAGGACGUGGACCUGAGGAGCUGUAAGUUUGCAAACUCAGACUUCCGGGGUCAGGACUUCUCGGGCUCGAAGCUGUCGGGGGUUCAGCUGUCAAAGGCGAACUUGACAGGGUCAAACCUGUCCAGCUGUGACCUGACUGGUUCCGACAUGUCAAAGUGCCACCUAGAGCGGGCAAACUUGCUGGGGGCGGUGCUGAAGGGGAGCGACCUGUCGCAGGCGCGGCUGAAGGGAGCCGUCCUCCCUGAUUGGACCUCGUGCGACCUGACCGGGUUGAAGCUGGCCGGAGCCACAGGCUGCAAGCUGCAGGGGAAGAGCUUCCAGGGCUCUGUGCUCGACCGGGUGGACUUCCGAGGGCUCGACCUGUCCGGCGCUGACCUGAGGGGCUGCAGCCUGGUGGGAGCGAACAUGGGAGGAUGCAACUUGACCGGCGCGAGCCUGCAGGGGUGCAACCUCAAGGGGACGAUCCUCACGGACGCGGUGAUGAGAGGAGCGGACCUCGAUCACGCAGAGUGCUGGCUGCUGGGGUCGUGCGAGGCUGGGCAGGAGACGAACCUGAGAGGAGCUGACCUCCACGGAGCGAAGCUCUUCAGCUUCCCCUGGGCGAUCGGGGCAGGGAUGACGGUGCAUGCUGCUGCCGGCACUAACAUACGGACGGUAGAGGACAAGAGGAGGGCACUGGCUCAGGCGGGAGCCAGGAAUCUGUAA